AUUCUGAUUGCGGACUGCACCAGCGCAAAUCUACUUCACCUCAUCAUGGGAGUGGGACAGAGACGGCAUCUUGGCGAACCUUACACCUCCAUGACCAUCGCCGGAGCUUAGCCCAUCAUAAUAACACCGAUCCCCCUCUGGCUCUUCACAUACCUCAGGCAAAAGAUUGGCCACGACGCUCGACAGCAAGCACCACGCUCCCGCCUGAUCAGCCCUACCGCGUGACUUCAACGACACCUGCACCGUCGCUCCCUUCGUUUGCCUCCCUAAACGAGCACAGUGCCGCUCGCAAUGACGACCUCGAUGGUCCGGAGAUCUCCUCGAUGACGUCACGCCUAUCGUGCUGCGUCUGCGUCAAGCUGAGGCCGUUGGUGAAACAUGUCGCUGACGCCGUCGCGGAACUCGACGACACUGUCCGCGCCAUAUGCGGUCCGUCAUCAAAUGCACCGUCUGCUGUGCCCAAUGACUGUCCCUUGAAGGCCGCUCAAUGGAUGCUUGAAAUCUUGAGACGCGCGAGACAGGAACUCCAACAUGCGAGUCGUCGUGGCCAGAUCGUUGCUACUUCUCACGCGUCAACAUCGCGUGCAGACAGAGUGUCGAUUCCCUCUCCGAGCAAUCCUCUCAAACGAUAUGCUGAACACUGGGAACGAGACCAUCUCUCGGCACCCAAGAGACCUCGCUCUGGAAACUCGAAUGAGCAGCACUGGCAAUUUCCGCCCAUGCCAUUUCCUGGCCGUGACGAACGCAAAUUGUCCAUCGACUUUCUCAAUCCCCACUCUCGACCGGGAUACUCUCCACCCCCGAGCGACUCUAUACCUGGCUCGGCUCAUCCGCGACACACCUCUCCAACAUUCACUCAGCGCAAUCUGAGAGCACUUCCUUCUCCAUCGUCGCUUGUUCAUCCGCCAUCUGCGCCUCCGUCAUGGCCUCCACCCACCGCGCCCUCGGUGGGAUCGCCGGCAACCUCAUACCAGGCGGCAGCAUCCAUCCACACUACCUCGACCAAUUCGGUAACUUCCGCCCAUAUCGCGGACCUCCAGCAUCAAGUCACCCUGAAGUCUCUGGCCUUGCAGACUUUGCAGUCCGAAUAUGCCUCGCUCUUGCAAAAGUUACAGCGGGAAAGGGUGAAGAGCCAAACUAUUGAGAAGAAGACUAGUGUGGCCGAGCAAGAAGUGAACGAACUGACUAGCAAGAACGAGGAACUCGCAGAGCAGAUCAAAUCUCUGACUAACCAACUCGAGGAGUGCGAAAAGAAGCGUGACGCGGAACGCGCGGAAGCACAGAGAGAAAAGGAUCAAUGGGGACGAAUGCUUGAGAUGUCAGGCCGCCUGCAUGCAAAGGUGGAUUCCGAGAGACAGCGACUAUUGCAGGAGAAGGAAACACUGACGAAUCGUCUUUGUUCGCAAGGAAGCGAUUCUCCGAAUCUUGCAGCGCCAAAGGCAAAGGACGAUCGAACGAACCUCGCACAUACGGAUGGUCGUGACUACGCCUCGGAAAAGGUGGCACCCCCCUCCACUCACAUCUCAGCCAUGAUGGUUGAUGCAAACAUAUCGGACCCGGCAGCGGCAUCCUACGGAGACGCUCGCGCAAGCGAGACCAUUGGACUCAAACGGGAAAUACAGCAGCUUAACGCCCGAGUGCUCUCCCUGCGCACCGCCUUGCUACAAGCCCAGCGUAACACUCGAGAGUUCCAGGAACAUUCUCAAAUCUUUCUUCAGCAGACAUCGUCAGUCAUUGAGACCGCAAUCAAGCAUGACGAUACCACAGCGAAGCCGAAUGCAGAGAGUGGCCGCUCCACGCCUGCAAGGCCGCCACCCGCUUUGUCCCAUGUGCCUCCUUUGCCGCAUGUCGCGGCUGUCAAGCCCAAAAAGCCCGCGACGUUGGAUGUCUAUCAUGCUGGAGGCAAGGUCACUACGGCUGAUUUGUCAGUGGUAGCUCGUGCUCGCUCGCCGGGGCCAGAUGAGCUGGGGAUCUUGAUACAGCCCACAACAUCAUCUCCAGAGGAGCUCAUCAGAGCACUUGGACCUGUUCCAAGUGCUAUUGCUCCCCUGCCGCCAUUUUCAUUCACCCCAAUGGACUCGGAGCUUCUAGGAACCCUGAGCAUCAUCAUAUCAGGUCUGGUAAGAACGAUCACACAGACAGAGCACGUCUGUACGGCUCCUCUCCGCAUUCAUACCACAGUUCGCCUGGCGCAAUGAUUGACGACGUAUCAUCCCUUUCUGGAUCUGAAGGGCGUUCACCAAAGGGCUACACCAGCGAACCAGAAGCAUCGAGGAGAAGACGUGAAGGCAAGAGCCCACCGCUAUCGGAGCUACCACGACUGCAUACCUCAGAGAUCCCUAGCCACCAGUCUCCCAGCUCCCAGCCGCACACUCGUGACAGCGGGUUCCUUUCUGGCUCUGUGAUGCUUCCUCCACCGCGACCAGGGCCCAACCCUUUCUUCACACAUCAUCCGCAUUGAGGAAACGAUCUGCGCGACAAAGGAUUUUCUGCACACUCUCAGGGGUCCUGACUCGUCGCUGCAUUUGCUAACAGGGAUCUAUCAUUCGGGGUAAAAGGACGAGACGGGACGGCUUGCAUGCGAGGCGGCUGGAGCAACAAGCAACAAUAUCGCGGUCUACAUACCAUACCUUGUGUAAGACUGUUGUAUGUAUGCUAGCAAUAUUCUAUGUUUUGAAAGCUGCAGAGUAUUUUCCACUCCUG